UGUAAAUAUAUAGUCUCUGCAAUCUAUAUUUGCCUUUUGUAAACCCUAACCGUCUGUUCGGUCUCCGAGAAAAGACAGGAAAAGAAAAAAUUCAAAGCAAAAUCGCACAUUCAACUGACGGUCACUGAAUCAAUUGUACAAUUGCCUCGCUUCAGUAUCGUGUUCCUUGGUUUUCGCAGCAACCAAACAGAGGUGACUGAGAUGGAAGGAACAUCCGGUCCUUGUAUGCAAUUGGCCACAACUACUAACUCUGAUUUAGAAACCAAGCCAAAACCUCAAGUCAUAUACCGCUGUAAGAGAUGUCGACGAAUUGUUGCUGCACAAGAGAACAUAGUCCCACAUGAGCGUGGCCAGGGAGAAAAAUGCUUCAAAUGGAGAAAGAGAAGUGGUGACCUGACAGAAAAGGAACAAUCUGAGUGCUCCUCCAUAUUUGUAGAGCCCAUGAAAUGGAUGCAAGCAGUACAUGAAGGUCAUGUAGAAGAGAAGCUGCAAUGCAUGGGCUGCAAAGCUCGAUUGGGUUCCUUCAACUGGGCAGGCAUGCAGUGCAGCUGUGGAGCUUGGGUUAAUCCAGCAUUUCAGCUGCACAAGAACCGAUUGGACGAGUGCCAGACAUGAGCCAAGCCAUUUCUGCACUGGUGUGGAUUGAGAGACUCCAGUCAGCGGUAAAACCACAUUUUCUUGGUUUCUAGUUAGUAAACAAAUUCAGAUUAUUAUACCAAAAGUUAAGCAGCUCGUAUGGAAGAUUGAUGGAAAUUCUAAUACAAGGAUUGAUGGCAAAAUGUUAUUUCUUGGAAAUAUGCUGCGGAAUGUACUUAUACAAUUUUACUUGCUAUUCCAUCAAAAAAUAUUUGAGU